CAGAUAAGUCCAUGUGAUAGGCUGAGAGGUGUUGUGACACUGCAGGAGAUAAGGUAUAUAAACAUAUUUUGUAGCUGAGAUUUGAGGAUUGGUUGGGUGAUCACCAAAUGGACUGUGUUCUUCUGAGCUCCCACUUGCCAUCUCACACUAUUGUUAACCCAAGGUGUCAGCAAGGCCCUGGUGGAAACAGUAUAGGAUUUGCAGUCAUCAGAAAGGGAUGCUUAAAAUUAAGAUGCUAUGCGAUUGGUGAUGGAUUUGGCGGACCAGGGCAUUUAAAUGAUCCUUUGAACAACAAUAAUGGGCCUGUUUUCCAAGGACUCAAUGGAUCUGGUGCUUCCUUUCGGACUGUUGGCGCUGAAAUCACUCAGGAAACUGGAGAUUUCUUUGUCAGUGAUGCAGAGGGUGAUCCAGAUAAACCCACAGAUGGUUUCUCCUCAAUCGACCAGGCUAUAAAUGCUUUGCGUGAAGGAAGGUUUGUUAUUGCUGUAGAUGAUGAAAACAGUGAUAACGAAGGGGACCUUGUGAUGGCAGCCACUCUAGUUAAUCCAGAGUCCAUUGCGUUCAUGAUCAGGAAUGGUUCUGGGAUCAUAUCAGUCGGCAUGAAGGAAGAGGACCUAGCAAGAUUGAUGCUUCCUAUGAUGUCCCCAGUUACAGAAAUUGAGGAUAUUUCAGCUUCUGCUUCCACAGUAACAGUGGAUGCUAGAGUAGGUGUAUCUACCGGUGUCUCCGCUGCAGAUAGAGCAAAAACAAUCCUUACUCUAGCCUCCCCUGAUUCCAAGCCCAGUGAUCUCAGAAGGCCAGGCCAUAUAUUCCCCCUCAAGUACCGAAACGGAGGUGUACUGAAAAGAGCUGGCCAUACAGAGGCGUCGAUCGAUCUUGUCACAUUGGCUGGUUUGCGCCCUGUAUCCGUCCUGUCGACUGUCAUGGACCCGAAGGACGGCUCAAUGGCAGGCAUAACAGUUCUGCAGCAGAUGGCCCUGGAGCAUGAUAUACCAAUCGUUUCGAUCGCUGAUCUUAUCCGGUAUAAAAGGAAAAGGGAGAAGCUGGUGGAACUGAUUGCUGUGUCCCGCUUGCCCACAAAAUGGGGCCUUUUCCGAGCUUACUGCUAUCAAUCCAAGCUCGAUGGAACUGAGCACAUUGCUGUUGUGAAGGGAGACAUCGGAGACGGCGAAGACAUCCUCGUGCGGGUGCACUCCGAGUGCCUGACGGGCGACAUCCUCGGCUCGGCCCGCUGCGACUGCGGCAACCAGCUGGACCUGGCGAUGCAGCUGAUCGACAAGGCCGGCUGCGGCGUGCUCGUGUACCUCCGCGGCCACGAGGGCCGCGGCAUCGGCCUGGGCCAGAAGCUCCGCGCCUAUAACCUGCAGGACGAGGGCCACGACACCGUCGAGGCCAACGUCGAGCUCGGCCUCUCCGUGGACUCCCGCGAGUACGGCAUCGGCGCCCAGAUACUCCGGGACAUCGGCGUGCGCACGAUGCGGCUGAUGACCAACAACCCGGCCAAGUUUGUCGGGCUCAAGGGCUACGGGCUCGCCGUGGUGGGGAGGGUGCCAGUGAUCUCCCCCAUCACCAAGGAGAACCAGAAGUACCUCGAGACGAAGCGGACCAAGAUGGGGCACGUCUACGGCUCCGACCUCCCCGGCAGCCUGCCGGAGGAAUUCGCCAAUCCACAAGACGACGCAAACGAAGAAGACAACACCCAAAACUGAUACAACUAUACAAUUACAAUCACAAAUUCUCCCUUUCUUUUGGUUUCCCGAAUAAAGAUUCAGAUUGAGAACGAGAAUUGCAGAGUAUUAUCAUAUUGCAAUCUUGUUA